UCUAUCCACUGUGUGAAUUGUGUUUUUUUUUUUUUUUUGUUCUAUGACGAACUGCUUAGAUUUCAGAUGUUCGAAUCGAAAUUCGCAUCAGUUUCUCUUAUAUUUCUGUAGUCGCGGUGUAAGUAUUUGUUAUCCGCAUCGUUUUCAUGGCGGUUUCUCUGAUUGUACUUCGGAACUUCAGUGAUUAUUCUUUUUUCGCAGUUGAAUUAUGGCAACAUCAAUACUAUGCGCUUUUUGAGAUGAUAGAUGUGAUUAAAAAGUUGAUUUGAUAAUUUAGUUUUGGAUAUAAGAGGUGAAUUUGAAAAAAGGAUCUUCACCGUGAGUCUGUGAUUAUAUAUAUUAAAAUUUUGGUUUACGAUAAUAUUGCUGCUUGCUUGAUUAAUAAUUAGCUGGAGUGGUAUAACUGUAUAAGCAAUUGUAUUCAUGAAGGAAUUUUGAUUGCUCCAUACUGAUUGAUUCUUAGGAAAAUUACUCGCUAGCACCAUCGUAUGUCAUAAUUCUCUCGGUUCCUUUUUCCGAAGUGAUAUCUGAUUAUUUUGUUCUGGCAGUAGAUUCAUUUGUUCUGUAGAAGAUUGAUGUAGCAUUUUAUGCAGGUUUCUGUUACAUUUCUAAUUCAGUUUGCCAUAGAGCACGGUAUUUGCUUAAUGUUUCAGGCUUUCAGCUGUUUUUUAAUAUCGAAUAAUCGGAAGCUCAAUUGCUAUAGAAAGUGGAAGCUCAAUUGCUAUAGAAAGUUCGAAGUAUUAGUUAACAGAUGGCAAAUUGUUACUGGAUAAUUUGCAUUCUGGUGGUAUCUUGUCUUGUUGGAGUGUAUGAAGGGAGUGCUGGUGAUGUUGACCCAUCAUAUAGGGCUUGUGUGAAACAGUGUGAAAAGACUGGUUGCGUCGGGGAAAGAUGCUUCCCGCAUUGCAAAUUCUCUUCAGAUGGUUCUUCGGUCGAUGGCCCUUGGUAUAUGCAAGAGCCUCUUUACUUGUGGUGGAAACACUGGGAUUGCAAGAGUGAGUGCCAUCACCAUUGUAUGUUAGACAGAGAAAAAGAAAGAGCAGAACUUGGUCAAGGGCCUGUUAAAUAUCACGGCAAAUGGCCCUUUCGACGUCUAUAUGGCUUACAGGAACCUGUUUCUGUGGCCUUUUCAGCUCUAAACCUUGCGAUGCAUUUCCAUGGUUGGCUUUCCUUUCUUACCCUUGUUUACUACAAGUUACCCUUGAAACCAGAUAAGUGGCCGUUAUAUGAUUACGUGGGCCUAUGGAAUAUCUAUGGGCUUUUGUCUAUGAACGCAUGGUUUUGGAGUGCAGUCUCCCGCAGUAUAGAUAUUGACUUGACAGAAAAGCUAGAUUAUUCAUCUGCAGUUGCCUUACUUGGAUACUCGUUGAUUUUGGCGAUAAUAAGAAGCUUGAGCUUAAGGCAAGAUGCUGCUAAAGUCAUGGUUGCUGCUCCACUGAUUGCAUUUACAACUACACACAUUUUGUACCUUCACAACUAUAAGAUGGACCAUGGAUGGAAUAUGAAAGUGUCGAUUGCAAUGUGUAUAGCACAGCUUCUCACUUGGUCAAUAUGGGCUGUAACGACCCGGCAUCCUUCUCGAUGGAAGCUGUGGAUUGUUAUCGUGGGAGGAUUCCUCUCUAUGCUUCUAGAAGUUUCCGACUUCCCUCCUUAUCAAGGAUUAGUGGGUGCACGUGCUCUUUGGCAUGCUUCCACUAUCCCUCUCACAUACAUAUGGUGGAGUUUUAUUAAGGAUGAUGCUGAGCAUAGAACAUCCAUCCUCACAAAGAAGGUACAAUAGUGUCUUGUCCGAACUCCGAACCAAGAACAGAAAUCUCUCUUCAUUUAUCUUCUCGGAGCAUCCUUUUCUGGUAGGAAAUUCAUGUCAUUCUUUUUGUAGAUAAACGUUCUUGUUUUUUUUUUUUUUGUGUGUGUGUGUGUUCUUCUCUAGUUUACUGUUUUGCAUGAUUCUAUAAAAAGGACAAGAUAGAAAAUGAAGUAACAAAUUUUGUUGAUUAGGAAGACAACGGCUUGGAUCAUUUUCAUUGAGAAUUAAUCUCUCUCCUG